CCUGGAUGGUACCAUAGCCGCCUUUGCCCACAGUGUAGUCGGCUUUGUCAGUUGAUAUUUUACCCGGAGUCCAUCCUUGUAAAUAAGCUUUUUUGGUGUAAUGUGAAGCUUCAGCAUCAGUUAAUACUGGCCUGGUUUUAGUACCGGGGGCUUUUUGAUGGUCAGCAAAUGCCACAGCAACCAAAAAGGCUAGCAGGAUUUGGUACAGCAUUUUUCUUCAGUGAUUUUCAAUUGGAUAACUAUAGGUAUCAUUUUCAUCAUAUUUCCUUUAUAUAUACAAGGUUUCAAGUGGAUUAUUUUUGAAUAAGAUAAAAAAUACCGACAAAAGGUGCUUACAGGGACACUUUUUCUAUAAAUAUCUAAAUAGGCCGAUUUCAAAAAAAUAAAAAUUCCACCAAACGUUAUAAAAGCCAAAGAGGUCGGUUUUUGCAAGCCAGUUUCAUUUAGUGUAUCACCAAGUGCGUAUCUAGAAACUCAAUCGCAAAAAUGUCUUUGGAACGUCAAGUACAAGCCAAAUUGGCUGCCAAACGUAAUCCAGCUUUGGAUGCCGAAGCCCAGCAAUGGAUUGAAAGCAUUUUGGGUGCCAAAUUCCCUCCAAAUCAAGCCUACGAAGACGUCCUUAGGGACGGUACCGUUUUGUGCCAACUAAUCAACAAACUGGCGCCAGGAUCCGUUCCUAAAAUCAACACGUCAGGAGGACAAUUCAAACUUAUGGAGAACAUCACCAACUUCCAAAAAGCCAUUUUGAACUACGGCGUUCCAGACAACGACUUGUUCCAGACCGUCGACUUAUGGGAAAAGAAAGACAUCUCUGGAGUAACCAACACAAUUUUCGCUAUUGGUCGCGCCGCCUGGAAACACCCAGAAUGGCCAGGACCGCACUUGGGACCCAAACCAGCUGACGAAAACAAACGCGACUUCACUGAGGAGCAAUUGAGGGCUGGUGAAGGUAUGAUUGGACUUCAAGCCGGACAAAACAAGGGAGCAACUCAAGCUGGACAAAACAUGGGUGCCGGACGUAAAAUUAUCAUUGGAAAGUGAAGCGGGUUUUUGUUUUAAUUUUGUUUAUGUUUACAAGAAAUAAAUAAUUUUUUACCAUUUUUUUUAUUAUUUAUCAUUGCUGUAUUUACUAAUAAACAAAUAAAUGUAUUUUAUUUAAUAAUUUUUUUGUGUUUUUGUGAU